UCGCUGACGACUCGCUUGACAGACGGUCUGCAAGAACAGCGUGGAGACAGACCGCGUGUUUCUCGGGGAGCAGCAGAAUUAAACCUUAGAGCCCCUCUUAUUUCAGACUUAUUUUCAGGUCUGUCAUGGCAGGACCAAUUAAUCAAGCAAGAGCGAAGAUUUCUAAAAUAUUUAAUGGGGAACCACAGUCGUACACGCGCUUCAACCUGACCCAGAAUGUUGAUGGGGAAAGUAGCCAUGUGGAGGUGAAGCUCUCUGGUGAUGGUGAGGAGGAGAUGGACGGGACUGAGGCUGGACAUGGCCAUCCUGCCAGCACUUACCGCUUACCACAGAGACCGCUGCGCCCUUACAGGAACGUGUGUUAUGGAGCACUAGUAGUUCUGCUCAUCUUCCUUGCUGGUUACCUUAUUGGUUACGUGACACAUCGCAAACCUGAGGCCAGCAAACUUGCUGAGACUGGACCGGGAGCAUGCACCACAGAUCAGCCAGAUGGAAAUCAGGAAGAAGGGGUCAUUGCUGUUGCCCCUGAGCCCUCUCUGGACUGGAGUGACCUCACAAGCAUGCUGCAACGGAGUCUGUUAUCCAGCGCCUUUGAUAAUCAGUUAAGGAACUUUGCCAUGGAUAGCCAUGAAGCAGGCAGUAGUGGUGAUGAGGUGCUGGCCAACAAAGUGUUGGACAUUUUCAAGAGCCUGGAUAUGAACCCAUGGAUUGACGAGCACUAUGUUCAGCUACAGAUGCCUCCACCGAGCAAUCCAAACAAAGUCCUAUUUGGUUCUGACGAGAUUGGACCGACAAAAGGAUACUUGGCUUACAGUGCUAAAGGAACCAAAGAGGGAAAGGUGGUGUAUGCUAACUAUGGCCAGAAUGAGGAUCUGAAGUACCUGCGGACUGCUGGACUGGAUCUCACAGAGAAGAUUGUUCUCAUGAGAACUGGGCAAAUCAGCCUGGCAGAAAAGGUUGCCAACGCUGCUAAGUUUAAUGCGUCUGCAGUUCUGAUCUACACAGAACCACCUUUCAACAGCUUUGACACCAGCACUGAUCUUUAUGGCCAUGUCCACUUUGGAACCGGUGACCCUUACACUCCAGGGUUUCCUUCCUUCAACCACACACAGUUCCCCCCUGCCAAAUCCUCAGGCCUGCCUGAAAUACUGGCACAGACAAUCACCGCAGAUAUGGCCCUCAAAAUCCAUCAGAAAAUGGGAGGGAGUGACGCCCCUGAACACUUCAAGGGAAAACUAAAGGGCAUCAGCAAGUACAGACUGGGAGGAGACGGUGACAAGAUGACUGUGACUGUUAAUAACGCUCUAGUUGACACGAAGAUUCAUAAUGUCUUUGGAGUCAUCAAGGGCUUCAUUGAUCCAGAUCAUUAUGUGGUGAUGGGUGCUCAGAGAGACUCUUUCAGCAAAGGCUAUGCAAAGUCCACCGUCGGCACCUGCCUGCUGGUGGAGCUCGCCAGAGCAAUCGCAGAGAUGACGAAAGCGGGGUUCAGGCCCAGGAGAAGCAUUGUGUUCGCCAGCUGGAGCGCUGGUGAUUACGGCAGUGUGGGGGCUACAGAGUGGCUGGAGGGUUACCUGAGCUCACUGGACAAAAAAGCAUUUACAUACAUCAGCCUGGACGGAGUGGUUCAAGGACAGACCCAGUUCAGAGCAUCAGCCAGUCCAUUGCUGCACAGCCUUCUGAAGGACACUUUAAAUGAGCUGAAGACUGUAAGCAAAUAUGGAGACCUGUUCCAGUUUUCCUCUCCAAGAGAUUUUGAAAACACGCUGGAAACCAUGAGGAUGGAGGAUGGUGCCUAUCCUUUCCUGGCUUUCUCUGGAAUUCCCUCCAUCUCCUUCCGCUUUGGCUCAGAUCGGGCCUAUGGCUAUUUCGGAACAGCUCUGGACAAUAAAGCCAACCUGGACAUUGCCACUGGGCAGCAGUUGGGUAACGUCUGCGUGUCUGCAGCUCAGGUGGCUGGGCAGAUGGCCCUCAGGCUGGUCCAUGACCACAUCCUGAGGCUGGAUGUGACCUCAUAUACCCGCAUCAUCAGGAAGCAUGUAGUCAUGAUCAACAGCCGUGUCAACCAGCUCAAACACGCUGGCACCAUGUCUGCACCUCUCUCGCCUAAGUGGCUGAUGUCAGCAGUGGGGUCGUACAGUCGCGCCGCUGAUUCUGUGAUUAACGAGAUUCAGAAUAGUGAUCUGGAGGACCAGGAGAAGUGUCGCACCAUCAACAACCGGAUCAUGAGGGUAGAGCACAACUUGCUGUCCCAGUAUGUUUCUCCGAGAGACGUCCCUUUCCGUCACAUCAUCUUCGGCACCGGUGAUCACACUGUGUCUGCGCUGACCGACCACCUGAAGGACCUGAAGGAGCAGGUCGUUGGGUCUGAUGCCGACCUUUUGCGCAACCAGUUUGCCCUGACCACUUGGACCAUCCAAAGCUGCGCCAAUGACCUGGCUGGAGACGUGUGGGCUCUAGACAAUGAGAUCUAAUGAGAGGAAUGCUUUAGUUUGACAUGCAGGCAGACCCGACCUCACUUUUUGAGUUUAAAACAUCUACCACUUGGGCAGAGAGUGAAGCUAAGUGAAGGGUGCUUGUUCAUUUAAGUUGAUUUUCCCAGAACAUCAGAUGUUUAAAAAAUAAAAAAAAAUAAUAUUUUAAAAGUAUAUUUGCAAACAGGUCUGGCUAAUAAUCAUUAACGUCAAAUAUCUGCUUUGAAUUGAAGAUCAUUAACCAGUCCUGUAUGCAUUUGUAUGGUGAAAAAUCUGAAAGAUUAUCAGUUAUAUGAAUUAACUUAACAUGAAUUAUUCUGUUACGAAGUCCUGCUGAACUGCUUAUCGCAAAAAAGUGAAUUCUACUGACACAAAACCCGGGUUUGAGUUUCAGCUGAAGGCUGAAAGAACAGUGACUGAUUAACAAUGGUUUAACUCUUGUUAGUAUUAAAACGUGCAGCCACGUUUAACAGACAAGAUGAAGUGUUUCAGUACAAGGUCAUGAUCGUUUGCACUCGUUUGUCAGGUUCUAACAAGCUUAAUUUUAAUUCGACAAUGUUUUCAGAUGUGCUGUCUAGUCAGGUUUUUGAAGCACAUGUGCUUACAAAGGCUUCCCUAUUCAUGGCUGCUAAUUGGGUUGUAACCUGUUCCAUUCGCACUUAAUCUAAACCCUGCAACCAAAGCUCUUAGGGGGGUGAACCUCUGCCUUUGCCAUUUAUGUAAGCCUUACCGAUUUGGCACUGAGAGAAUCAUGUUUGUUCCUUAUUUAUUUAUCAGUGACAGUGUUCACUAUAAAUGUGUCUUCUUUUUAUUAUCGGAAGCAGUGCCUUCCAUAAUUGUGACGGUUAUACUGUCAGUUUAUAAUAGCAGCAUCUGCUAUCAGAAAUACGUGUUACCAACAGCUGUCACCAGAAAUUGCUAUUACAGGUGCAGGUGGUCACCAACCCAGAAACACUUGCUAGAAAUGGAGCAUAACCCUCUUUUCUAAAGAGGAAGUAGUAACCUUUCCUUUGGCACGGAACCAGGCUUAAUGCUGACAGACACAGCACAGGUUCCCAGAGAUUUCGAAGUGACCUAUCUAUGCUCUGCCUACAAAUGCAUUCUUUUGUAGCAGCUGUUGAGGUUCCAAGGUUGGGAAAUCUUCUCAUUGGAACCAGAUGAUAAAUUGUACAAAGCUUUGUUCAUGUUUAAUGUUGUGUUUCCAGUUUAAAAUGCUACAUGACCAAAUGUGUUGCAGCUAAUUCUAACUAGGCACAUUUGAAACGGCAGCUAAUUUGACACAAUGCGCACCUUAGCUUGAAACUACACCUGUACAGUGUAACUUGUUACAUGUACAAAUCAUUUGUAAUUAAUAAUGCACUAUAAAAUUAGCUAAACAACUGAGAUGGAACACAUUUGUGGGCGGAGCUUGGACGGGUCAAUUAGGUUUAACAUUCAAGGUUGGACUUCGUACAAGAACUCGUCUCUUGCGAUCUGAAAGGAGGGGAUAAAGCUUUUUAACCAGAGCAAGAAUUUCUGGCCAUUUCUGUGACAGAGCGUCUUUUGGAACAUAUAUAUUUCUAUCCUGAAACAUUAUCGGGAGCAGUGUCUUCCAUAAUGUGAAGUGUGAAGGUAGUUUUUGCCUACCAGCGUGUAUAUAUCGGGGGCAGUGUCCCUCAUAUUUCACUGUAGGGUGGAUUAAAUUAUCGGGAACAGUGUUUCCCAUAGUUUUUAUACAUAUUUAUUUUCAUUUUCGAUAUUUGUGUGGCUUCUCUUUCUUUGUGUGUUAUUGUUAAAGGUCUGUAAACUCUGUUGUCUUCCCUGUGGCCCUUUUCAGCUGGGUAAUGUAGUGUGUUUGCUGUGUAGCUAAGGGUUCUCAAGUUUAUGACCAGCAGGGAAGUAAAAGGGCGUAUAUUGUCUACUGUAUUCUAGCAUCAUUACUAACAAGUGUUCUUGCAUUUAAAGGAAUACUCCAGCAAUUUUCAGCCUAACCUCUAUUUGCGGCGUCUGUAGCGUACAGUUAAUUACCACGGACGAUCACUGUGUCAUGUUCCUUGUGCUUAGUACGACCCCUUGGCUUGAAGCGCAGUUAAUGAUAGAAGUCAGUGGACAGGUGAUUGCUAUUGACUUCUAUUAUACAUUACAUUUUAAUCUCAGUUUUCUGUUAUGAAAUCUGUGGUAAGUGUUCAUAUCGCUGUUGUCGGAAUAAAACCUUGUAUCUCCACAAUGGUAACUUUACAGGAGAAGGAAAAAACAUGCUUUACUUUUAAUGGAAGUCAGUGGAACCAGACUUUUUUCCAAGUCAUUUUGGGCCGUUUCUUUUGGUCCAUUCAUCGUGAAGUUUACACACAAUGUAAAGAACAGGCAUUUUCAAAUUGUCAAAAACUGAAAAACGUCAAAAAUGGACAGCAGCGAUUAUGCUACAGAUGUUGUAGAUAGAGAUUAAAUUGAAAAUGCUUGAUUAUUUUGUUAAUGCUAGGGAUUCUGAGAGCUUUUAAACAGUUUACAGUAUAUUACAUUACAUGCUACAUUACCUGACUGGUAUUGUGGUAUUAAAUGCUUAUCAUAUAUAGAAUCUCUCUGGUUUCACCAUCUUUCUGAAAAGGUGAAUCCUGGGGAAGAUGUAAACAUCGAGUUCCCUCAGACCGCAUUUAUUCCAUUUUCCCUUUCCAACUCAGCAGUUUAAUAUCCAGUGUAACUUCUUAAAAUGAUGCUUCUAGACUUCUCUGUGUCGCACUUUAGAGUUUCAUGGUGGAAAUCUGAUACAGGUUGUGGUGUCUUUGCAGAUUGAUGGGACCUUUGGCUUCUUUUAGGCAUCUGUUACUCCUCUUUGGUGGAUUGUAAUACAUGAAUCUCUCCUUGUCUUGGGGCACUUGGUUCAGUUUUACAGUAUGUAGUUGUUCAUGCUGAGCCCUAUGAUUGGCUGUUGUACGCUGUUUCUGCACGCAUGAAUUAGAUGUCUUACAAACCUUAUGCAGUACUGUGUUCAAAUAUGGAAAUCCGGAGAAUUUAUCUGCAUGCUUUAACUUCAUAAAGGCGUUAUGCACAAGUUUUAUUAUGCUCAGAGAUUACAUUGGUCUUUUCCAGUUAUUGACAGUUUCACAUUUAUCAGGUUUAACAAGUAAACAUGGCUUUCCAGUACAGACUUGUUUUUCAGGUAGAAAUUUUAAGCCAUUUUCACGAUUUAUGUUAAAAUUCAACAUUAUGUGGUUGAAGUCAUGGAUUGUCAAUUAGCCAUUAUGGUGGUCUAUAUGAAUUGGAAAUACUGUCUUGAACCCAAAUGAAUGUCUUUGCUGUGUAAUAAACAUGGUAUGCGCUUACUGUGA